AUGACCGAGACGGUUCACACCAUCAUUCAUCACGUCGACUAUUAUCCUUUAAGGAUCCGCGUUUAUCGAAAUGGCGACGUUUUCGAUCCGGGCCGACUAGUUACUGUCACACGAAAACAAUACAAACAUUGGAUUGUUUUUCUCGAUGCGCUCACUGAGAUGCUCAGAACUUCGACAGCAAUCCGACGAAUUUUCACAGUUCAAGGAACUCCUGUAUUGCAUUUUGACGAUUUAGAAACAAACGGUGAAUACGUGGCCGUUGAAAACGGGCCAUUCAUCAAUGUGCCGUAUGGUCAAUCAAGAUUUACAAUGAGAGGAAAGAGAUAUAAUCCGAUAAUCAAAGUCAAUCAAGGUCCAAACACAUUUUUGAAUUCCGCUGAAAGUAUGGACAUUUAUCUGAAAAAAGAGGGAUAUGGCACAAUCACAGGACUUCCGUACCCAUUCGACGGCAUCCUCACGCGGAGUCCAAGCGCUUCGCAGCUACAAUUCAAGCAUAUGCAAUCGCAUAUUCCGCCGCUGAAGAUUGGCGGGAGUAUGGAGCAUUUGAAUGAGUUGGGAGGAACAGCCACUUGGUUAGGAACAAACGAGAAAUGGAUGAUGGGAGAAAGAGUUGCGAUGAAAGAAGAGAAGCCGAAAAAGGGUUUAGAUAGUAAUCCCGGUGAAACUUCGGAAGAAGGUGGAAGAGAUGAUGGCUCACGUGCCGACCAAAAUCGGUCGAAAUCUAAAACAAAACUACCACGGCUUCUUAAUUCGACUAGCUCGUCUAAGCGAGGAUCCGGCAAAUCCGAACAAUCGAAGACAUCAUCGAUGAUCGAGAGUCUCCCGCCAAUCGAUACGCGUGAAAAAGAAGCGAAGAAGAAAGAGAACGACGCGGUUUCAGUGAAAACCGAAGAAGAAUGCGUGUCGAUUCAGAAUCCGCAGGAAACUGUUUCUGAAUCAAAAAUCAAUUCGAGAAUUUCAAGAAAACCCGGAGUUGCGGCACCGGCUGAGGAUGAAAUUCGAUACCACAGAUCUUACCAAGUGACGGAAACCUAUGUAACAACAGCAAGAAAAGCGAAUGAGAAUCAGGAAUUGUCCGACAAGAAAGAUGAAUCAUCUGGAGGCGACAUAAGCGAGGAAAUUGAGGAAUCAAACCAAGAAAAAUAUGUAAAAGACCAACGAAGAUCAAAUAUUGAAGAGGAGGAAGGGGUUAAGCAAAGAAAACAACAACAACAACAACAACAACAAUCGAUGAAGCCGAAACAGGGUGGCAAAAGAGAACGGGCCAAAUGGACUGAAUCGAAGGAAAUGAACACAAGGAGAAGGGAAGAAGCGAAAAGCAAAGAACACGUUGAACCGGAACAGAAACGAAAAACCGAUGAAACUAAAAAGAAUCCUGUCGAAAAAAUGACGAAUUUGGAUAAAUUUGAUGCCGAUAUUAGCACAAUUCCAAUCAGAACUGAACGACGACUAGUCACAAGUCGCUCGACACUUCAUUUGUUCGUCGAUGAGAUCAUUGGAGAAGAGAUUGAAGAUGUUCUUAAUAGGGCCAAGUUAUGGGAAGAUAAUAGAAGAAGACAGAAAAUGAAGCAGCAGUGUACCCAAACUACGCCGAGUCGUUCUCAAUCGCUUCGUCGCCAUGUUCAAUUAUUUGAUCCCGAUUUCGAUUAA